AUGGCUCGCAAUCCGCAGACUCCUGCGCAGGCCGAGGUCACUUGGCCAGUGGUCAUCUUCGUCUACGCGGUGCUCUUCGCCUGCUGCCUUUUUGUUGGGGGGCUCUACUACAGCACCAAAGACUGGGCUGUCCAUUCCGAGGAGGAGCUGCUCCAGGCAAGCGUCUUGCACCCGCUCUUCAACACCGAGGAGCACUUUGCACCAGAGUACUGGCAACCCUCCAUGCUGCAGAGAGACCGCUUGGAGGCGUUAACAUUUGCAACGCAUGCGACCGCCCAAGCCUUGCAGACUGUCGGUGUGCCGGCCUUCCUGGAAUCUGCUGGGUUGAUAGGGUGGCUGAGGCACAACCGAUCGCAGCUGCCGUGGGACUCUGAUGGUGACCUUGGCAUCCUCGAAGCUGACUGCGUUCGUGCUGGUGCCAGCAAGGAAUCCCUGCGCAAAGCAGUUGGAGAAGACCUGGUUGUUCUCAAGUUCGCAUGCGCUUGCGAAGAGGAUUGCGAUGGUGACAACAAGCGAAUGGUCGGCCGCAUUGCUCACCCAAAAACUGGCGUUUGCAUCGACAUUUUCGCCUAUGCGCCGGUCAAGUCGAACCGGUCAUGGCAGCAGGAUCAGAGGUACUCCGGCAUCGAGUGGUGGGAGCGAGUCAACGAUCACGCAGACUUUACGUUUCCGAAAGAUGCCCUGCUACCACUGCAGAAAGACAUCUUUGCUGGCGCCCCGAUGAUGCUCCCUGCAAAUCCGAGAGAGUUUCUCAGUUGGGAAUACGGGAGCUGCCUCGGUUCGCACGUGUGGCCUUGGAGGAUCCUGUUGUAUUCGCCCUCAAGUGAGACGGUGGCCUUCGCCCUCGCAGCAAAGGGGGCAGUCCUCGUGCUGGGAGGUGCAGGGGCAGAUAUGCUGCCAGCUUUCCUGCUGAUCUUGUGCUCGGCUGCAGCCGUGACAUUCUUGAGGGGCGGCCUCACCUUGAUAGCAGUGCCCGGGAUUUGUGUUUGUGAGUUCCUUGUGGUGCGCAUGAGGCCGGACCUCUGCAGAUUGCCCCGACUUCACUUUGCCUUGAUCAUUCUGGCGCUGGCUGUUUGCACUGAAGGUCUGCGUGGCUGUCUGGAGCAGCUCCUUUGCCAGGUUGACGAUUUCUACCUGCACCCGCGGCGGCCAAAGUCAUGGACACUCUGCCUGCUGGGCACAUGCUGGGACUUUUGA